UGUUUUUCCCCCCUCUGUUGGGCCCAUGCCUUUGUACAGAUUUCUCCUUCUUAUUUAUCUAAUAUAAUACCGCAGUAGGGGAUUAAAAACUAAAAUCAAGGUCUCCAGGCAGCUCAUGUCUAGUGGUGAGAAGGGAACCAACAGGACCCAACGGCCCUCCUGCUCAGCCUAGCUUUCAUUGGUGCCACCUCUUCGUUCGGCUUGCACCGGACCUUGAGGCUUAAAGCCUCUCGCUCUUCAGAGUUCAGGAGCUGCUUUCAAGAUGUUGCCUCUUGAAAAUGAGCCUGGUCACUGAAUUUUCUUGAUUUUAUUCUUUCAAGGAGGUUGAAGUGAGGGAAUUAACGAGAAUUAGAAGAGUUAUGGGAGUUGUGCUUCUGGGUUUCUUGGGCCAGCUAAUCAAACGGCGAGCUUCUCUGCGCUGGAAGCAAGCAGGAAGAGCAUCUUACCGCUGCAGCUAGCCUCCUGAUCUUUUUUUAACUUCCUGCUACUUAGAUACAUAAUUGUCCUAGUCAAUUCAUGUACGUUUAUGCAUGAAAUUUGAUCUGUGGGCACAUUUAAGGGGAUGGCCACACAUAUCAUACAAUUGUUACAAGGCCUGUGUUCUGAUGGUCUAUGGAGGUAUGCCAUCUUCUGGUCUUUCAAAAGCGAGAUGAAUGGGUGGAUCUUGACUUGGGGGGAUGGCUAUGUCGAUAAAGUGGUAGAAGACAUACAAGUGGGAGAUCUUUCUGCUGGCCCCACUGUUAGUAAGAAUCAGAUAGUACCAUCCUCGUGCUACAACAAAGGCUAUCCAUUUUGCCCCAUUGAGGCAGCACUGCUGAGAAUGUCUAGCCAUUUGUACCCUCUUGGAGAAGGGAUUAUUGGUAAAGUAGCGCUUACAGGACAACAUUGCUGGAUUUCUGCCAACGAGCUUUGUUCAGUAUCUAUGCAUAAUUACCGAGAAGACUGGCUGCUUCAAUUCGCAGCAGGGAUCAAGACAGUACUGUUAGUACCGGUGGUUCCUCAUGGGGUUCUUCAACUGGGCUCUUUAGAUAUGGUUUUUGAAAGUUCAGCGUUGGUGGCACUCAUCAAGGACUUGUUUCAUGAGCUUUACGAUGCUCCAGUUUCUCAUCCCUCUUUAUCUGUUUCAUCAAGGACUUUGAGGCCACCUACUGCAACUCUAUCAAUCGAUCAUCCAGAAGUUAACUUGUUUGAGAUCGAUAGUGCUGCUCGGCUUUUGAAUGAUCAUCUCAGUUCAACGCAGCCCCUUAGUACAUCAGAGUUUCCAACAGUCGAAGAUAUCACUCUAGGCGCUUACAGAAUUAGUCCAACAGCUCGGCCUAAUAGACUGUUGGGUGGUAACGAAACCAUGGAGUAUGAAUAUUCCAAUGGCUUUACCCUGACAGAUAUGGCACAUGGAUAUCAAGAGAAUACUUGUGGUGACGGCAGCACUGUUCUAAAUAAUGGUGUAGUGAUUUCAGGUUCAAUUCAUUCAGAGUUUCACAGAGAUCUCAUGGCAAUGUCCAGGGAAGAACACGAGCUCUUCAUAUGGCAUAGUAGGUUGAAGCAUACAACAAGUCCCACACCCCUUCAAGUGAAUGGCAACAAUGCUGACUUUUGCAUGCAGCUUGAAACCAACAAUUAUGCAGAAAUGUUAGUAGAUACCAUAAUUGACCAGAUUGGCCAUACGUCAAACAGUGAAUCUUCUCGCCCAACUGGUUCUCCAUUUUCAUGUGAAACAAAAAUUAAAAAAGAUCAUGCGCCGAGGAUGGAUGCAUCAUCAGUUCCUGAUAUCCCUGGUGGCCAAGAACUUUCACAUAUCCCCAUGAACGAAGGCUUCAUAAGCUGUGCAACGACUGAUGCUUCGCCUACAGAAAUCGACAAGAUCACAACUCAAGAAUGCAUAGUUCGAAAUACACAUGGGACAAAUUCAGCUGAAAUAAAAAAAAGAUGCAGUAACGUUGAGAGUAAGAGGCUAAGACCAAGAGACAGGCAAUUGAUCCAAGAUAGGAUGAAGGGUUUGAGGGAGCUCAUUCCAAACGCAUCAACGUGCAGCAUUGAUGCUCUACUGGACAAAACCAUAGCAUACAUGCUGUUCCUCCAGAGCGUAUCCGAGAAAGCUGAGAAGACCCCGAAUACGUCAUCGGAAAACAAGGAGCCCCGUGAUGAGGCGAAGAAACAACUUGAAAGCUGCCCGCUGAGAGUUGAAGAGCUUGAUCAGCCUGGCCAUCUUCUCAUUAAGAUGCUGUGCGAGGACUAUGAAGUCUUCCUUGAGAUGGCGCAUGUGUUGAAAGGCCUUGACGUGAGCAUACUGAAAGGAGUGCUGGAGCAUCGUUCUGCCAAGCUCUGGGCUAGCUUUGUCAUCGAGGCAUCGGGAGGUUUGAGCCAGAUGCAGAUACUGUGCCCACUGAUGCAUCUCCUGCACAGGAGAUGGAGUUAGCAUGUCUGCAAGACUCUGUUUACCUGUCAUUUUAGUGUUUGUGGUUGAUGUGGAUUGGUUACGCAAACAACCUUAGACCGACUGUUUGCUUGGUACUCUACUAUGUACAGCUAAAUAAAUGGAUGAAUGCAUUUACAUCACAAUAUUAAAACUCAAAA